GAGCAGAGACAACAUGAUUUUCCAAACUCUUUUUGAGUGUUUGAAUGUCUGGGGUUGGUGCAUUUUAAUAUUUUCUGUUUUAAUUUUGGUAGAUUUGGUAAAAAAUGGGAGACCGCAGAACUUUCCACCAGGACCACCAGGUGUGCCUUUUUUUGGAAACGUCUUCACCGGAUUGGACUUCAAAUCAAUAAACAAGCUUGCAGAGGAGUAUGGCCCUAUCUUCAGUUUGCGGAGAGGUCCUGAGAAAAUUGUGUUUAUUUCUGGAUACAAGAUGGUCAAAGAGUCUCUUGUCAACCAGCUGGACAGCUUCACGGAGCGACCAGAAAUUCCUCUAUUUCAUGUCAUUUUCAAAGGCCUCGGCAUAGCUUUAAGUAAUGGUUACUUAUGGAAGAAGCAAAGGAAAUUCGCCAACAUACAUCUACGUUAUUUUGGAGAAGGACAGAGGACUCUGGAAAAAUACAUUGAACAAGAAUGUCAUUUCCUAUGUGAGAGCUUCAAAGAGGAGCAAGGGAGACCUUUCAAUCCCCAGGCCACUAUAUCUAACGCUGUUGGCAACAUCAUCAGUUCAGUGGUGUUUGGACGCCGCUUUGAGUACACAGACGAGAGCUUUCGUAGGAUUCUUCAGCUGGACUCUGAGGCUGUUAGUUUGGCUGGCUCUUCUAUUGCUCAAUUGUAUGAUGUGUUCCCUGGUCUGAUGAAGUACUUGCCCGGGCCACAUCAGAAAGUCCACAAGAACUAUUUUCAGAUCCUAGACUUUCUGAUGGCAGAAAUAAAGAAACACCAGGAGGAAGUAAACCCAGAUGAUCCUCGUGACUAUAUCGACGUUUACCUGGGAGAGGUGGAGAAGAAGAAGGAGGACCCCCUUGCUGGCUUUAAUGUAGACACUCUGCUGGUGUGCACUUUAGACCUGAUGGAGGCCGGGACUGAGUCAACUACUACAACUCUGCGCUGGGCCAUGGUCCUCAUGAUGAACUACCCAGAGAUACAGGCCAAAGUGCAGGCAGAGAUAGACGCUGUGAUCGGACAGUCUCGACAGCCCACCCUCACAGACCGCCCUGAGAUGCCCUACACAGACGCAGUGAUCCACGAGGUGCAGAGAUUUGGAAAUAUUGUGCCUCUGGGAUUCCCUAAAAUGGCCAGUAAAGACACCACAUUGGGUGGAUAUUUUAUACCCAAGGGAACAGUCACAACCUCAAAUCUUGCAUCCGUGCUUUUUGACAAGAACGAAUGGGAGACGCCUGAUGUGUUUAACCCUGGGCACUUUCUGGAUGCAGAGGGACGUUUCCAAAGAAGAGAUGCAUUUCUUCCAUUUUCUGCAGGUAAGCGUGCAUGUUUGGGGGAGCACUUAGCUAAGAUGCAGUUGUUCCUGUUCUUUUCGGCAAUAAUGCAGCGCUUCACUCUGACCACACUCCCUGGAGAGAUGCCCAGUCUGGUCGGGGUCCAGGGGUUCACAAAUGCCCCUGAACAGUUUCGGGUGAUGGCAGUGCCACGCUAGACCUGGAAAAAAUAUGGAAAACGUAUUACCAUUAUCAACACCUACAGUAAUAUAACACCAGCAUGUACAUGUAUCUACAUUUAAGUAAACUUGAAUUCACAGAGCAAUCAAAGGCAGAAAUCAUUGUACUAUAAAUAAAGGAGCAAAAAUAUGUAGAAAUAUUUCAUGCAUUUUAGUGUAAUUUAUGUAAUAUUAAGUGACAUUUUUUGAGAGAAUGGUUUUAGGUUGAAAAUUCACAUGACAUUUGAACCAGAUUUUUAACUUGACCUAAUGCUGCAGUUACACUUGACCAAACUGGCAAUAACACUGCACUAAGUUCACUGUGAAACUGACUUAUCUGACAAUAAACAUUUGC